CAUAAACAUUUAGGUGGUUUAGUCACAAAGCAACGAGGUCGAGGAUGAUGAUCAAGUCACAAUGGUCACUCUUAAAACACGGAGCUAACAUGUUUGGCUCCAUAUAUGAAUCUUGCCUCACCAUUACUGUUCCUUUCUCACAUUCUUUCACAUCUCUUUGUUCAUUUUACUACUAAUAAUCUUCAAAAUUCACAUUUUAAGGGGACAAAGAAAAUUGCUUCUUUUACAUUACAAAAUCAUUGAUUCCCUCGUUCAAAUUGAUUCGUUCCUAUGUCACAUUGUAGGAUUUUCCACCACAUUCUCAAACGCUGUAAAGCUUCUAAGAAUUCCAAAACCGUUGCUAAAACUCACGCAAGGAUCAUUAUACUUGGUUAUGCCACAUACCCAUCUCUUGUAGCAUCUCUAAUAUCAACCUAUGCACAUUGUCAGCAACCUAACAUAGCCCAUCAUGUGUUUUCCAGGGUUAUGAAUUUGUUCAACAUGAAUUUGGUGAUUGAAAGCCUAGUGAAAUCUGGGGAAUGUGAUAUUGCCAAGAAGGUGUUUGAUAAAAUGCCUGUUCGAGAUGUUGUUACUUGGAACACUGUCAUUGGAGGGUAUGUUAAAAAUUUGCGCUUUCUUGAUGCAUUGAGUAUUUUCCGCGUCAUGUUGAAGGCCAAGGUUGAGCCGGAUGGGUUUACUUUUGCUUCUGUGGUGACGGGGUGUGCACGUCUCGGUUCAUUUUGUAAUGCGAAGUGGGUGCAUGGUUUAAUGGUUGAGAAAAAGGUUGAACUUAAUUAUAUACUCACUGCUGCGUUGGUUGACAUGUAUGCUAAGUGUGGUAGGGUUGAUGUUUCGAAAGAGGUUUUUGAGUGUGUGGUGCGUGAUCAUGUUUCUGUUUGGAAUGCUAUGAUUAAUGGGUUGGCCAUUCAUGGACAUGCUUUGGAUGCAACUGUGGUUUUUUCAAGGAUGGAGGUGGAAAAUGUUUUGCCGGAUUCUGUUACUUUUGUUGGGAUUUUGAAAGGUUGCAGCCACUGUGGGUUAGUUGAGGUAGGUCGCAAGUACUUUGAAAUGAUGCAGAAUCGAUUUUUUAUUCAGCCGCAGCUUAAGCAUUAUGGUACCAUGGUUGAUCUCUUGGGACGAGCAGGGCAUUUGGAAGAGGCCUAUUCCAUGAUUAAGGCGAUGUCGGUGGAGCCUGAUGUUGUUAUUUGGAGAUCACUUUUGAGUGCUUGUAGAAUCCACGGAAAGAAAGAACUUGGUGAAUUUGCUAUUGCAAAUAUUUCCCGUCUUGAGAGUGGGGAUUUUGUCUUGUUGUCAAACAUGUAUUGCUCUUUCAAGAAUUGGCAUGGUGCUGAGAGGGUGAGACACAUGAUGAAAAAGGGAGGAGUUCGUAAAAAGCGUGGUAAGAGUUGGAUUGAAUUGGGGGGCAGCAUUCAUCAAUUUAAUGCAGCUGAUCAGUCACAUGCUGAAAUGAAAGCAAUUUACAGGGUGCUGGAAGGUUUGAUGCAGAGAGCUAAACUGGAAGGAUUCACACCUUUGACAGAACUUGUUUUGAUGGAUGUUUCUGAAGAGGAAAAAGAGGCGAAUUUAACAUUUCAUAGCGAGAAGCUGGCUUUGGCUUACGGAGUUCUGAAAAGUAGCCCUGGAACAAAAAUCACGAUUUCCAAGAACUUGCGUAUUUGUCAAGACUGUCAUAAUUGGAUUAAAAUUGUCUCAAGGAUAUUAAACAGAGAGAUAAUUGUGAGAGAUCGCAUCCGUUUUCAUCAAUUUGAAGGUGGAUGUUGCUCUUGUGGAGACUACUGGUAGUCACUUAUGAGAGUUAAUGCUUUGUUGCAUUGUUGAUUGGCCCUUGGCUGUUACACAUUCUGAUCAUUUAGAGAAGAAGCUGCCAAACGUAAAGGAAAGGGAUGGAACCAAAAUGGGAAACUCUCUUUACAAACAUCAAAUUCAUAUCCACUUAGGUCUUUGUCAUGUCUGUAAGCUUAAAAAUGAUAGUAUGCACUAUGCAAUUGGCAAUUGUUAAUAUCGUACCUUUUCUGCGUAACAAUGGACAAUUUGACCUGAUGUUCUGCAAGCAGUAAGACCUUGAGGAGAUGAAACAGAAGCAAUUAUUGAAUGAGUCUCAGCAAGACACCAAGAAACAACAUUUGCAGUGUGAGUCUCACAUUGGAUGAGAUAUGGUCUGAAAACGAGUUCAUAAGUUUGAGACAUCUCUCACCUUACAAGCUGGUUUUAGAGUUGAGUUAGGCCAAGCCCAAAUUGAAGAUAGUGAACCCAUAAGGGAAAAAGAUGCAACUAUUGCAGUGAACCUAGAAGGACAAGUAGUUUCUACAUCUGCACCUAUGCCAAAGCUGAACGACUCAGUCGAAUGUUUAAACAAUGUAGCUGCUUCUAAAUGUGCUUUUGGGUUAACUGUAAUAGCUGUGCUUCUGGUUUCACUUCAUGCUGACCUCCUAGUGGAUCAUUUCUAAUACCAAUUAUUACAAAAAGGAACAAUGGUUAUGAUUUACAUGGCAUUUGUGGCGAUCAUGCAACAGCUUUGACUGUGAGCUGGGGCAGAGCAUGUUACAUCAGAUAGCAAACCUCGU